AAAAAUUUAAAAAAUUCAUCAUUAAGUAGUGUUCUAUUAAGAGCAUCACUGGUUUCUAUAUUUUUUACCUAUUCACAAUAAAGUCCUAAUAAAUUUAUUAAAUGUUACUGUUAUGUCCUUAUACUCUGAGAAUAUAUCACGUGGCUUAUCGACAAUUACAAUACUAACUUAUUGACCAGACUAAUGACUCAUAAACUAUUACGAACAGUCUAGAGUCACUCUGAGUUCUUAUUGGACCUCCGAGAUAGGAGUAUCUUCUCUCCUAACCCAGUCGGUUCAGUCCAGAACACCAAUAUCAGCCUCCGUUAUGUGAAUCAUGUAUUUCAGACAUAUUUGGUUUGUAUACAAACAAACCAGACCACACCAUACCAUAAAACAGAAAAUAACAAUUAUAUAGGAUCAGGUCAAAAGUGGCUGUGACUGAGAUACUGUUACAAACGACUGCGAAUAACUUAAGAAUAGUAAAUCGUAUAAUAGUAAUUAAUAGGUUAAAUAAAAGCUUAUAAUAAGAGGAAUAUAAAUAUAUAUAAUCUAGUUAAUCAAUAGUUAUACAAUGAGAAUAUGUGUAGAAUAUUAGUCCAUAAACAGUUCCCAGAAGUUACUCAUAAUUUAAUCUUCGCUAGGAUGUAACAGUUACAAAGAGGAAUUAUUUCCAAUAUCUGUUUUAGAAUGAAAACAAUAAACAUUUUCGUAAACCUUACUGAAUCUAUUGUAUUUUUUAUGUGCAGUGAUAUUUUACCAUUGUUUGAGAGAACUUAACUUUAAAGUUAAAAAGGAUCUAAUUUUUGAUAGUUGUUUGAUAAAGUUAUAAAAAGUCUAGCUAUAGUCAUUGAUAUACAUGAAAGUCACAUCAUUUAUCAUCAAAUGAAAAGGCGCCAUUUACACAGUACUGUCUCGGUCAAGUGUACCGAAAAAUAAUGAUCAUCUAUUUACUUAGUAUUUUGAAUUUCUAGCUCUGUAAUAAUUAGUUUAUGAAAUGUGCUAAUCUUAAGACUUUCUGAAAGCAUACUGAUUACUAGGUCUGAACGCAUAUCUAAAUCUUCAUAGAGCAUUUUACAUAGUCCUGUCAUAACUGUUCAUUUUAAUAUCUUAUAGCCUUAGAGAAAAACAAUAUGAGAAAAGUAUCUAUUAUUAAAUUUAACUGUAGGAUCUUGCAUAUAUAUUUUAUUUUACUUGCGAAUCACCAAAUGUACUUAAAAUUGAUUGAUCACUAAGUAGUGAAUGAUUUAAUGCAUACCAAGUUUUUCUUAAAUCUAAUUGAAUUAUACCGAUCAAGUCGCAAUGUGAUCAUUAGUCUAAGUUACUCAAUAUCACAUACACUAUAAUGGGAUGUAAAGUGUUUAUAUCUAUAGAAUUCGAUCAGGACUAAGGGCUUGUUACACAUGACAUUGGUCGAUACCCAGUGGUCACUCAAUUAUGAAUAUAUUUCAGCCCUACAGAAGAUUACAUGUACCCCAAAAAGAUCAAUGUAAAUGUCUCUGAAUGGAGUUGAGUGACACGGGCCAUCAAUUCUUUCAAGAUUACUGGUACAUCUUUUUGCAUAUAAAUAUCUAGACUGAAUUUGAAAGAAUGUCUGCUGAAAAAUUAUCCAGAAUUGAUUCAAUUGAUGAUACUGAUAAAACUCGUAAAGGAUCACAUGAUACAUCACAAACAGAUAGUCGACGUCCAUCAAUUAUUCCUCAGUCAAGACGACAAAGUCGUUUUAGUUUUGCAUCACGUAAAUCACUGUUUGGUGGACAUGGUUCACUUAUUGGAAUGUUACGUGGUGGAGUUAAUAAAAAUAUAAAAUAUGAGAAUACAUAUAGAAUACAACCGAAACCUAAUGAAAGAAUUAAACAGAAACAAUUACGAAAUUUAAUUCAAACGACAUUGGAUCAUACAUUGAAAGAUGUUAACUACGAACCAUUACAAGCACGUGUUUUAUCAAUGAAUUUAGCAAAUAUGUUAAGAAAAAAUGUACGUGAAUUAAACACGCCAUCAAGGUAUAAAUUUGUCGUACAAGUUCAUAUUGGUUCACCGGAACAUAAUAGUAUAUUUAUUGGUAGUCAGUCUGUAUGGAAUAUUGAAAUGGGUGAUACUUAUGCAUCAGCCAUAUUUUCAAAUUCAAAGAUAUUUGCUGUUGGCAUUAUACAUGCUGUAUAUUUUGAAUAAUGAUUGUUGUCAUGAGAGAUAGAGAAAAGAAAUAUAUCGAGUGAUUAUUAAAUAAUAUUUACCAUUUUUGUUUUAAUAUAUGAAUAUCUUUGUUUUAAGCAAUUACUACCACUAUAUAUAUAUAUGUCUGCUUAUUUCUAAUAAAUGGAGAAUAUGAUAUUGUCUGUGUG